AUGAUGGAUGAGAACCUGCACAAUAAGCUUGAGAGACUACUCUCCCUAAUGGAAGCUCAGCUGGAGCCCACCAGACAAGGACAAUGUGAGGAAAGAUCAGGCAGGAGGGGACGAAUCCAUGAUUGGAGACCUGCAAAUGCCAACUCCAGCAUCACAACCAAGUCCAAUGUCAACUACAAGAAGUAUGCUUCCCCCACUGGGCCAAGAUAUGUCAAGCCCAGGGUGGACCUGUACAAUAGGUCAAGGACAGACCCCUAUGGCCUGGAACAGGAGGACAAUGCCAGUGCAAUGGGAGAUCCCAACUCCUCACAAUCAAAGCCAAUUGCUACACCAUUUCCCAAGUUCAAUCCCAGAGAUGUAGAAAUCUUCAUCCUUGAAGCCGAAGCCUGGUUCAAAUUCAACCAGAUUUAUGAGCAAACACACAUGAUCAACCACAUGGGUGCUCAAUUGGAAGGGAAUGCUCACAAAUGGUGGACCUCGAAGCUCCAUAUCGAUAGAGCAUGGGAAGGAAGACUGUUCAAUGAUUGGCAUUACUUCACAGAGCAUCUGUCAGAACAGUUCAAUCCUUGA